GUUCGGGGUUCCUGUAGUCUGUUCGAAUUUGCUCUCGUUGAGCGGUCGUAUUCUAUUCUCUGAGAGCUGGGUUCUUUCUCUUUUCUUCUGGUUAGUCAUUCCUUUUGCUUGGGUAGGUACCUAGUUAGAUCAACGAUAUCGUCAUCAUGAAGGUUACGAAUACCGCUGCCGCUGCUAUAGCGGCGUACGUUCUCUGCUGCCGUGACCUGGCGUCGGCUGGCCCCGUGCGGAAGCGUGGAGGAGUGUUAGAUCCUUUGUUUGAGAUCACGACUCUUGGAGGCAUGACGUUUAAGAUCAGUCAGGUCCCAAAUAAGAAAUUCUACGGCCAGCGGAAGGGAAGAGGGUCUAUGGCUAUCGCGAGGGCGUAUUCGAAAUACGGCGCUGCGGUUCCUGAUGAUUUGCUUUCUACUAUUGAGGAGAUACUGAAGGAACUCGGGUUAUUAGGGAACGGCGGGGCUGGGAAUAACACGACUGCUGAUCCUCAAGGUGAGGUAGCAGCGGUUCCGCAGAUGUUUGAUUCCGAGUAUCUAUGCCCGGUAGAGAUCGGUACUCCGCCGCAGACUUUGAAUUUGGACUUUGAUACAGGUUCCUCCGAUCUGUGGGUAUUCAGUUCCGAGACACCAGGGAUUCAAGUCAUGGGUCAAGAUGCCUGGGAUAUCGAGCAGAGCUCAACGGCUCAGCUGCUAACGGGGGAAUCAUGGGCUAUCAGCUACGGCGAUGGCAGCAGCUCCAGUGGUAAUGUCUACCUAGAUAAGGUCUCAGUCGGCGGAGUUACGGUUCAGAACCAAGCGGUGGAAUCUGCUCGCAACGUCUCGGUGUCGUUUACGCAACGACCUGACACAGACGGGCUUUUAGGGUUGGCGUUCGGUUCUAUAAACACGGUUAAACCUACUCAGCAGAAGACUUUCUUCGAGAAUGCGAUAUCAGAUCUCGCGUCUCCUCUAUUCACAGCCAAUCUGAGGAAAGCAGAGCCUGGCAACUACAAUUUUGGCUUCAUCGAUGCAACCGAGUUCACGGGGCAAAUCACAUUUGUACCUAUUAACUCGUCCUCCGGCUUCUGGCAGUUUACCUCGGAGGGGUACUCGAUCGCCGGCUCCGGUGCUGUUUCUGCGCCGCACGAAGCCAUCGCAGAUACAGGCACCACCCUCUUGCUUCUCCCGCAAGAUAUCGCAGACGCGUAUUACUCGCAGGUGCAGGGAGCUGUCAACGACGUGAGCGGAGCAGGGGGGUACGUCUUCCCGUGCUCCGCCUCGCUGCCGGAUUACACGGCGAUGAUCGGGAAUCACCAGGCCGUGAUCCCCGGCGACUUCAUCAACUUCGCGCCCGUAGACGGCGACACGUUUGAGGAUGCGACGACGUGCUUCGGCGGUAUACAGGCUUCGCCGGCAGGUUUCCCACUUGCUAUUUAUGGGGAUAUCUUCCUGAAGGCGCAGUUCGUGGUCUUCCACGGCGGUAACAAUGAACUUGGAUUUGCUAAUAAGCCCCUAUGAGGGAUUGGGCUAUAUAAGCUAGCUAGCUACAUGUAUGCAUGAGUUUGGUAUAGUAUAUACCUAUAGACCUGGUAUCAAUAGUUUACUCGGUAUACCUAGAGUUCGAAAUGGGUGAUCUGCGUUAUGAAU